UGAACACCCAAACUAUAAGCAUCAACAUUGGCGCGUUCCUUUUCAAAAACUUCCAUACAAAUUUGAAACCCUAGCUUUUUCCAUUUUCAAUCAAUUCCACCGAGAAAUUUACUGAUUGUGAAAAAAAGUUAACAAAUGAUUAUCCGAACGCCGGCGCCGAGGAAAAGAAGGGCGGAAUCGGAGCCGCCGGAAGAUGAUAAUAAUAAUAAUAAUAAUACACAGACCCCAAAUUCCAAUAGGCAGCAGCUACUGAUUUACGAGGAUUUGCAAGCGCCGGAAUAUUCUCAUGGCCAUUCAACCCCGACGACCUCCGACCAAAUGCUUUGCACUUAUCAAUGCCGUCAGAUGGUGAAAUCAGAGUUCUUUGACGCCCUAAGCAGUGCAGAAAAGCAAGCCCAUGAUUAUCAGUCUAAAUUCAAAGCACUGAAUGAAGACUUCUCAAAAUCUGAAUCUGAAAGAAAGAAAUUCCGGGAUAAAUGCUUCAAUGCUGAGCAAGAACUGUCUGCUGCUAAAGGACGUGAACAAAAUUUGCAAGAGCAGCUUAGGAAGGAGAUUGAUUUUUCUCAAGAACAUCUUAGAAAACAAAUACAAUCCUUUAGCGAGCUUGAGGUGAAAUUCCAGAAGGAGAUGGAUCUUCGCAAAAAGGCAGAGUUAACAGCAGCCAAAGCUGAAGACAAAGCAAGCGUUUUAGAGGAAAAGCUAAGUACUGUAUCAGAAAGCAUUGUUAGGGAAAAGAGUCGUCUUCAAAAUGAGCUCGUUCAAAUGAGAAGUGAAUCAAAGCUGUCACUUUCUAGAAUAAGUGCUGAUCUUGAGAAAAUGGAAUUUAGGGCUAAAAAUGCAGAAAAAGAGUCGGCAUUACUGAAAGAGCAGUUGGAAGAAAAUAAAAGAAGAAUGGAUGAGUUCAUGAAGGAGAAAUAUGAGAUGGAUAAAAAUGUAUCUGUCAAAUCUCCGGAAGCUUCUUCAAAGGACGCUAAUCUGCUGGUGAAGCAUUUGCAAGAAGAACUGAGGAACUAUGAGUCUGAAGUGCGUGAAGCAAGAAAGAUAAAAGCUUAUCAUGAAGACAUCGAGUUAUUGAAAGAAAAACUAUAUGAAGAAAAGCGUCGCAGGGAGAGGGCAGAAUUGGAUCUAGUUAAAUUAUCUGACCUCCAGUUAAACGUAAAUACGUUGAACGAUGAGUUGUCUAUCUGGAAAUCGGUUGUUAAGGAAAUUCCUGGUGUUUUAUCUGCAGAUGACAUACCUUCCAAAUUUGCAGCUUUACAAAGAGAGGUGGCUGAUAGCAUGAGGAGAGCUGGCGAGGCCCAGGCAUGCAUGAAAGAAAUUCAAGUGGCUCUUGAUACAGCAAUGCUUGAUAAACAAACUGCAGAAACUGAGGCUGCAUUAGCAAAAGAGAAAGCAGAGUCAUCUGAAGCAGAAAUAAAAAGACUGGAAUUGAUGUUCGGUUUGAUUACAGAGGAAAGAGACCGCUUACAAAAUCUUGUUAAGGAAUUAAAAGAGCGCAAGAAUGUUGAAGGUGGAACUGAAUUAGCCGGUGGAACUAUUGUUCAGGAACUUGAGUCAUCUCUUGCCAAGAAGGAAAACUAUGUCAGGGAACUAGAGAACAGUUUAUCAGAGCAAAAGGAAAUCAAUAGCCGUCAACACAACGAGAUAAAGUUGCUAAAUGAAAGGUUGACAAAUGAAGCAAGACGAUUGAAGAUGUUAGAGCGAGACGGUGAUCGCCUCCGUUCUGAGAUAUCUUUGUUGGAGUCUAAGCUUGGACACGGUGAUUUUUCUUCUGCCAAUACAAAAGUUCUUCGGAUGGUUAACACCCUAGCAGUCGAUAAUGAGGCAAAACAAACCAUAGAAGCUUUGCAAAACGAGUUGCAGAAGACAAAGGAGCAGUUGCAGGCUGUUGAUGAACUUAAGAAACAGUCAUCUGAUGCUGGUGCACAUGUUGAUUCUUACAUUGCUGGGAAAAUUAAGCAGUUGAAAGAACAAAUAGCGAAACUUGAAAAGCGUGAGGAGAGAUACAAGACAGUUUUUGCAGAAAGAAUCUCUGUUUUUAGAAGGGCGUGCUGUGAACUAUUUGGUUACAAGAUUGUAAUGGAUGACCAUCAGCGCUCAGAUGGAAUCCCGGUCACGCGAUUUACUCUCAACUCGAUUUAUGCCCUCAGCGAUGAUGAGAAGCUUCAAUUUGAUUAUGAAUCUGGGAACACGAAUAUUGUGGUGAAUGAGUACACUUCACAGCGGGAGAUAUCUCGACAGGUUGAUAUAUUUAUCCGGAAGAUGAAUUCAAUACCAGCCUUCACCGCGAAUCUGACGGUGGAAUCCUUCAAUAAGCGUACUCUCUCAUGAACUGUAUGGCAGUCUUAUUUACCCGUAACUACUACGCUCUCAAUCUACUUCCAUGUAUCAUAUUAACUACACUUCAUUUCCGGUAAUUGUUUUCCUAUACAAUAUAUAAAUCCUUAUAUAAGAUAUUGAUGUUUUAA